CCUCCCCCCACUCUCUUUCACCCACCAGUUCCACUUCGCAGGCACCAGCGGCAGGGAGCUGAGACUGUCUCUGAGCGGCUUGGCCAUGUCUGACACAGAAGAAGUCGUGGAAAGCUACGAAGAGGAGCAGGAAGAAGAAGCUGAGGAAGGCUCUGAAGAAGAAGAGUGGGCAGAGGAAGACGACGAGCAAGAGGAGCCUGCAGAGGAGGAAUCUGCGGAGACCAAAGCAGAAGAAACAGAACAAGAGGAAGAAGCGAAAGAAGCAGAAGAUGAACCAGUGGAGGAGUCAAAACCAAAGCCCAAGCCCUUCAUGCCCAAUCUGGUGCCCCCCAAAAUCCCAGAUGGAGAGAGAGUGGACUUUGACGAUAUCCACCGGAAGCGCAUGGAGAAGGAUCUGAAUGAGCUACAGACUCUGAUCGAGGCGCACUUUGAGAACCGGAAGAAGGAAGAAGAGGAGCUCAUCUCCCUUAAGGACAGGAUUGAGAACCGGCGGGCUGAGCGGGCAGAGCAGCAGCGCAUCCGGAGUGAGCGAGAGAAGGAGCGGCAGACGCGGUUGGCGGAAGAAAAAGCUCGUCGGGAGGAGGAGGAGAACCGGAGGAGGGCUGCAGACGAAGCCAGGAAGAAGAAGGCCUUCUCAAACAUGUUGCACUUUGGAGGCUAUAUCCAGAAGGGCAAGACGGAGAGGAAAGGUGGGAAGAAGCAGACAGAGCGAGAGAAGAAGAAGAAGAUCCUGGCGGAGAGAAGGAAGGUUCUGGCUAUCGACCAUCUGAAUGAAGAUCAGCUGAGGGAGAAGGCUAAAGGCCUGUGGCAAAGCAUUUACAACCUGGAAGCGGAGAAGUUCGACUUGCAGGAGAAACUCAAGCAGCAGAAGUAUGAGAUCAAUGUUCUCCGGAACCGGAUAAACGAUAACCAGAAAGUCUCCAAGACUCGAGGAAAGGCUAAAGUCACUGGGCGCUGGAAGUAGUAGGUCUGACUGUUCUGGAAGGGCCUGGUGUGCCCAGUCCCUUCCCCCCUCCCCGGCCUGAGGGAGGAGAGAAGACUGAGAGCUGACACCUCCCUAAUCACAUUGAUCCUAUAGGCCAUUUCACCCCCACGCCCCCUUUUCUGGUGCUACCGUCCUCCCACCUCACCCCAUCCCCGAGUGCCCAAGUGGGAUCCGAAGCACUGAGCGGAAAUUGACCCAUGCUACAUUCGUCUGAGCCCUUGAGUCUGGAAAUAAAAAUCAAUGCAGUCCAA